CACGAGAAAAGGUCCUAAGUGCAAAUGACAGUUUCUCUUUGUUUACUUUCUCUUUCGAGUAUAACGGUCCAAUCAGCAAUCUUUCCAUCUAACACUUCACAUAGGAUUAUAGCAAAAACCAUCAACUUUCGAUAUGCACUGUAGAAUUUGUUGGAAAUUACUGGAAUUUGCCGUAAUAAUUGAAAGAGAAAGUAAACCAAGAGAAACUGUCACUUGCACUUGGGACCUUUUCUAAUGUUCAUCGAGAAUUAUUUUUGCUUGUUCAGAAAAAUAAUUCGUUUGAGAAAACAAAAAUUUUACGCUGACUUCGCAUAUUUUCACCAGCAAACUGCAACGUCUAUUGAGUUUACAGUUUUUAAAUACUCAACAGCAACAAGAUGAGAUCGACCGGCGAUGUGCUGGCCGCUCUCCGUAAGUUGAUGGCGAAUCUGCCCAACAGUCAAGGAUCGAUUAAUGCGUACAUCAUUCCCUCGGAGGAUGCCCAUCAAAGUGAGUACUUGGCUAAACGUGACGAACGGCGUGCCUUUAUCACCGGAUUCGAUGGAAGUGCUGGUACGGCUGUGGUAACGGAAAAUGAAGCCCUGCUGUGGACCGAUGGGCGCUAUUAUCAGCAGGCCAGCAAACAGAUGGAUACUAACUGGACGCUCAUGCGGGAUGGGCAACCGACGACACCCACAAUCGAUGCGUGGUUGGCCAAAACUCUCAAACCGGGCAGCAAAGUCGGCGUCGAUGCUAAUUUAAUUCCCACUCGUGCCUGGAAUCCGCUGCAGUCUUCACUAAAAUCUGCCGGAUGUUUGCUGCUAACUAUAUCUCCUAAUCUGAUCGAUUUGAUUUGGAAGGAUCAACCAGUGGCCCCUCGGAAUCCCAUAAUUCCACUAUCGGUGGAGUAUGCCGGUCGAUCAGUGGCAGAAAAGUUGGUGGCGAUGCGGGAAAAAAUGACCGAUAAACGAGCUUCCGUGGUGGUCGUUAGUGCACUGGAUGAAAUCGCUUGGUUUCUGAAUUUACGUGGCUCGGACAUCGACUAUAAUCCAGUAUUCUUUUCGUACCUUCUCGUUACCCUGGACGAUGUGUACUUUUUCGUAGACGAAAGCAAACUGUCGUCGGCUGUGAAUGACCAUUUCCGGGCGAACAAGGUUGAACUGAAGAUUCGUCCGUACGGCGACAUUAAGGAGGCACUGAAAUCUUUGGCUGAAACUUGCGAGAACCGGGUGUGGAUUAGUUUGGGAUCUAACUAUGCUCUGUCGGCGUUGAUUCCGGAAGAGAAAAGAUUCCAUGAAAUCACUCCGAUAAAUCUGAUGAAGGCCGUGAAAAAUGAAGUAGAAGCGGCUGGAAUGCGUCAGUGCCAUAUCCGCGAUGGGGUGGCACUGUGUCAGUAUUUUGCCUGGCUAGAACGGUGCAUCAAAGAAAGACGCUCGGUAGACGAGAUUAGCGGGGCAAGUCAGCUAGAAAAAUUUAGAAGCGUUCAGGAUAAAUUCAUGGGACUCAGUUUUACUACCAUCAGUGCUUCCGGUCCAAAUGGAUCAAUUAUGCACUACCAUCCACUGCCGGAGACUAACCGUCCCAUAACUGACAAGGAAAUGUAUCUGUGCGAUUCUGGAGCUCAGUUUUUAGACGGUACAACGGACGUUACUCGAACACUGCACUUUGGAACUCCCACCGAGGAAGAAAUCACUGCCUUUACCCACGUUUUGAAAGGUCAGAUUGCCCUGGGAACGGCAAUUUUUCCACGGAAAGUGAAAGGUCAAUUUUUGGAUACGAUUGCCCGGAAAGCCCUGUGGGAUGUCGGGCUUGAUUACGGGCACGGAACUGGUCAUGGAAUUGGUCACUUCCUAAAUGUUCACGAAGGUCCAAUGGGUAUCGGUAUUCGUUUGAUGCCGGACGAUCCCGGUUUGGAAGAGAAUAUGUUUCUUUCCAAUGAGCCGGGUUACUACAAAGACGAACAUUUCGGUAUUCGUAUCGAAGAUAUCGUCCAAGUGAUUCCCACCAGCAUAGGCGACAAUUUCAACGGACGAGGGGCCUUGUGCUUUAGGACAAUUACCAUGUGUCCCAUUCAAACAAAACUGAUAAACGUCAAACUGCUGACGGACAAGGAGCGAAACAGUUUGAACCGUUAUCAUCAAACCGUUUGGGAAACGCUGUCGCCUUUGCUGAAAAAGGCCAACGAUGCCGAAACAUUGGCCUGGCUAGAACGUGAGACGCAACCGAUAUGAUCUCGCCCUCGAAGGGACGAAGUUUUGUUGCUACUGCGGUGGUGGGGAUGAAAUUAACUAAACUAUUACGUAGAUACACAGAGAAUAUAUCUGUUGAGUUGAUUUAUUA